AUGUCUUAUUCUGGAUUUGGGGGCCAGAUUCCUAUUGAGAUUUCAAACUUAACUGGGUUGGAUACGCUCGAUCUUACUAGCUCAUCUCUCUUUCAAGUUUCGACACUGAAGCUUGAGAACCCAAAUUUGAUGACUCUGAUUCAGAAUUUGAGCAAUUUGAGAGUCCUAUAUCUUGAUGGUGUAGAUUUGUCAGCAGGAGGAAGUGAAUGGUGCAAGGCCUUAUCGUCUUCAUUGAUUAAUCUGAGAGUGUUGAGCUUAUCGGAAUGUUCUCUUACGGGACCUCUUGAUUCUUCCCUUGUGAAGCUUAAGUAUCUAUUAGAACUUCGUCUCGAUAAUAACAACUUUUCCUCACCGGUUCCCAAGGAAUUUGCAGAUUUCUCAAAUUUGACUUUGCUGCAUCUUAGCAAUUCAAGAUUGUUUGGAGAAUUUCCACAAAGUAUUUUGCAGAUAUCAACUCUUCAGACUCUGGACUUAUCUAAUAAUAUGUUGCUGCAAGGUUCUCUUCCAGAUUUUCAAUCUAUUAGACCCUUUCGAACUCUGGUUCUCCGUGACACAAAUUUUUCUGGGGCACUGCCAAGUUCUAUUGGAUAUUUGAAGAAUUUGUCCAGAUUAGACUUGGCGAGCUGCAACUUUGGUGGGCCAAUCCCAAAUUCUAUCGAACAGCUCACACAACUCACGGAUAUGGAUCUUUCGAGCAACAAGUUUGUUGGUCCAAUCCCAUCAUUUUCUCUAUUGAAGAAUCUUACUGUCUUAAACCUGGCUCAUAAUCGGUUGAAUAGUUCCUUGGCUUCCACCAAAUGGGAAGAGCUUUCCAAACUCGUUAAUCUUGAUUUGCGUAACAAUUCCCUCACUGGAAAUAUACCUUUAUCGCUCUUCCAUCUUCCAUCAAUCCAGGGGAUUCAUCUCUGCUAUAACCAAUUUACUGGUAGUUUGAAUGAUCUUUCCAAAGUGUCUUCUUUCUUACUUGAUACACUUGAUUUGACGAGCAAUCAGCUAGGAGGUCCAUUCCCUUUGUCAUUUUUUGAACUUGAAGGUCUUAAGGAUCUCUCACUUUCAUUCAACAAUUUCACCGGAAAAUUGAUUCUAGACAUGUUCCAGCGGCUUAAAUAUAUUACAAGACUUGAACUCUCAAGCAACAGCCUGUCAGUCGAAACAACCUCUGCCUUUCCUGCCCUUCCUCGGAUGUACGUAUUAGAGUUGGCUUCUUGCAAGUUGAAAAGAUUCCCUGGCUUCCUCAGAAACCAAUACGAACUCAUCUCUCUUGAUCUCUCUGAUAAUGAACUUGAAGGACAAAUACCUCUCUGGAUUUGGGAUCACAGUGGCCUCACUAAAUUAAAUCUUUCUUGCAACUCUCUUGUCGGUUUUGAAGGGUCGCCUCAGAAUCUAUCUUCCAGACUCUUUCUUCUUGACAUCCAUUCCAACAAAUUUCAAGGUCCACUAACAUUCUUUCCUCCAAGCGCUGCCUAUCUGGAUUUCUCCAAUAACAAUUUCAGUUCUGUCCUUCCCCUCGACAUUGGAAACUACCUUGGAGUCACAAUCUUCUUUUCUCUAUCAAGAAACCAUAUUCACGGAAGAAUUCCUGAAUCCAUAUGCAAUGCUCUCAGUCUUCUGGUACUGGAUCUGUCUCAUAAUAAUUUGAGUGGUACGAUUCCCCAGAGUCGAACUGAGAUGAUUAAUUCUCUAGCAGUACUAAAUCUGAAACAAAACGCCUUCAAAGGCUCUAUUCCUAAUAUAUUUCUAAAUACAUGCGCUCUGAAAACUCUCGACCUCAGUGAAAACGACAUCGGGGGGCAAGUACCGAGUUCAUUAUCAAAUUGCCGAGAUUUGGAGGUUUUGGACCUUGGGAAUAAUCAGAUAUUUGAUAUGUUUCCAUGUCAAUUAAAGAACAUAUCCACCUUGCGUGUUCUUAUUCUUCGAUCGAACCAAUUUUAUGGGAAUUUUGGAUGUCCAGAGAGCAAUGGCAGCUGGCCUAACUUGCAAAUUAUCGACCUGUCUCGAAACAACUUCAGUGGUGAUCUACCUGGGAAAGUCUUAAUAGAGUGGAAAGCAAUGGUGGAUGAGGAAGAUUAUAGCAAGUCAAGAGCUAAUCACCUCCAUUUUAGUUUCUUCGAAUUCAGUUAUGUUAACUAUCAGGAUAGAGUAACAGUUGGAAGCAAGAGUCUAGAGGUGGAACUGACGAAAAUCCUAACCAUCUUCACAUCCAUCGACUUCUCGUGCAAUAACUUCCAUGGCCAUAUACCUGCAGAAAUAGGAGAGCUCAAGGCGCUUUAUCUUCUCAACUUGUCCCACAAUGCUUUGUCCGGUGAAAUUCCUUCAUCUAUAGGAAACUUGAUUGAGCUGGGUUCUUUGGACCUUUCAAGUAACCUGCUUAGUGGCAAAAUUCCUUCAGAGCUUUCAAGACUAACGUUUCUAUCUAUAUUGAAUUUGUCCUACAACUUGUUGGUUGGGAAGAUCCCCAUUGGUUCUCAAAUCCAAACAUUUGCACUAGAUUCCUUCGUAGGUAACGAAGGAUUAUGCGGAUCACCUUUGCGGAAGGAAUGUGGAAUUGCCAUUAAACCAUCAUCUUCAGAUACUAUAAUGGAAGCUUCAGAAGAUGAAUUUGAAUGGACAUACAUAAUAAGUGCCCUUGGAUUCAUACCAGGAGUGAUCACGGGCGUAAUUGCCGGUCUUUACGUCUGGGAUAAAAGAUCGAAUACUUUGAUGCGAUGGGCCUCAAAGAAAAGAAGGGUUUAA